ACCAUUCCAAAUUCCGCGAAUGAACUCUGCAAUCCUAGAGAAGAUGGCAGGCGCAAUUCACGGGGUCUUGCAGGCCAUGGAUAACCUCGCCAAUGCGCCAGUAUCACUGACUGCAUGGCUAGUUCAGUCCGCUCCUCCAAGGCAGCACUCGCCAACCGCCGCUGACCUUACGCCUCCCAAGGUCGUCAAAAGAAAGAGAAGGCUUACACUGCCACUGGAUGACGUUGCACAUGAAGUACCAGGAAGGCCGAAAUGGUUCGGCAAGACAGUCCAGCAGCGCACACUUGAGCAGCUGCAGAGCCCUCUGACGAGGCUGCCGGCCGAACUGCGAGAGCAGAUAUGGCGACACGUUAUUUUGACCAAUGCAGAUAGGUACGACGGUAAGAGUGGUGGGGUGGUUCAAUUAGAAUGGCGGAGCACGGGCUCUGGUCGAGGGCGAGCGAGAAGUCGGGGAAAGCUGGAUACUAGGCCUGGUGUGCUCGGUAUGCUUUGCUCGUGCCGCAUCGUCUAUUCGGAAGCGAUUGAUCUUCUCUACUGCCUCCCCACGUUUUCCUUCCGUCACCAGAAUGUAGAGACGUUCCUGGCUUUCAUGUGCGCCAUACCCCAGCAUCGAAGGAAUCGAAUCCGCUUCCUCGAUCUGCGGUGGCUGGGUGUCCCUAAAGCUCGGAGUGGUCUUGAUCCGCCAGUGUAUCAAUCAACUUCUCAAUGGUCCUACAGGCGGAUCAGCAACAUCAGGGCCCUGUCAAGAUUACCUGACAAGGCGGUCAUCGAGGCAGAAGAUGAACUAUUCGACUCUACUUGGGUGGUUAAUGAGAUACUUAAAGGCAUGGAGGGACUUGAGAAAGGAGGUGUCAAUUGGGGGCGUGUAUCGACAGGCUGCUUUGCACGGAACUAGUAAGCUAGCGUUGCGUUGUCUACUUAUGUCUUGCAAUGAAGCCAAGUCCACAACGAUAGCAGUCUUGUUAUACCUUAGGGGAGGUCCAAGAAGACUUUCCUCAUCUUGUUGUAAU